AUGACCUCACGUCAGCCCUUGUUAAGAAACAGGAAAGCUACAGAAUUGCAAUAUCGAGGAGAAAUUCUUUUUGGAAUUCACUCGAUUCAUCUCGCAUUGCUUGAAAGGAGAAGAAAAUUCCAUUGUUUAUUUGUGAGGAAAACUUCAAGCUUAGAUGAUAAUGAAAAUGCUUUAAGAAGACAUAAAAUAAUUGGUAUUGCCGAGCAUAUGAAAAUUCCUAUCAAAUUUGUGGACAAUGAAGGAUUGAAGUAUUUAGCUCCAAAUGCAGUACAUCAAGGCAUCUGUCUUGACGUUGGACCAUUGCCAUUAUUGAAAUGGGAGGAAUGCAGGCUGAGCGAUCAAGUAUCAGAAGACAGUUUGCAUCUUGUCAUAAAUGAAAUAUUGGACCCUAUGAAUGUAGGAGCUAUUAUUAGAUCUGCAUAUUACUUUGGAGUGAGAGAACUUUUUAUGACGAUAGGAAACAGUUGCAGAUUAUCACCGACUGUCAGUAAAGCAAGCUCAGGCUCUCUUGAAGUGAUGAAUAUUUAUCAUGUUGACAACCUUGAAAAUUUUAUAAAGACAAGAAAAAGUCAUGGCUGGAGUGUUUUUUCAACUGUGGCUUAUUGUGAAAAUAAAGACUGCAUUCAAACUACAAGUGACUUCAAUAAAUCACAAGAAAGUGGACCAAAAAUAUUAAUUUUAGGAAAUGAAGGAAAAGGAAUAUCACCUGAAAUUCAACAACUGUGUGAUGGCUUCAUCUCCAUCCAACCUAAAAAUUCUCUUCAUGAGGGCAUAGAUUCUUUGAACGUUUCUGUUGCUGCAGGCAUCAUUUUGUAUUCCCUGACUAUUGGAAGGUGUCUAGAGAUGAAGUAACUUUGUUGGUGUGUUGUUAAAAAUAAA